AGCGCACAGAGAAGCCGGGAGAGCUGGGCAUCACUAUUCUGUAUCAUUCGCUGCUUUCCGGAUGCUAAAUACGGCAGAGCAUUGAUCGAUUACCGACGAUACACCUCGAAAGUUAGUUCCAAAAAGCCGUUUCAGAUCAGAGAGAGUUACAAAAUCUAGAAGAGAAAAAACGCAGCGUGCGAAAAGAUCGUGGUAUUCAGUAUUGGGAGCGACAUAACCUAAAGAUUGCAUUGGAACUUUGAAAAUCGACUGGUGUAAUUUCAUUUUAAGUUCUCAUUGGUAGAAUAACGCUCGAGAGUCUAUGUGGGUCUGAAAAAAUUGCACUUAUUUAAUAAUCUACGAACAUCUUCUGAGUUUACGAUAAAUCAAUUCUUUCACAAUGCCGAUAAAAUAUAUUGGUAGAACAACAGAUUUCAAAGGUAAAUCGCUAUGGGAAAUUGUUGGGAAUUUGAAGAACGGUGGCAUUGGACGUAUCGUUGCCAGACAAAUGUUUGAAAGAUACCCUGAGCCCUCUUUCAUAAAAAUUCUCAAAGUCGAAGCACUGCCCUACGAGGAACCUCGCAAGGUCAGCGUCUUGGUGGAACGAACGUUUCGUGGAGUUAAAUUUGACAGACCUGUUCUCAUAAGAGCGGCAUCUUACAAAUCAGACUACCAAUUGAUUCCCAAAGAUCAGGAGGCCGCGUACUGUAAGACUGAAAAACCUAGAACGAUGUCAAUUUUGGCACGGACAUGUGACUAUCCACCACUCUACAAAGAGAUGCUAAUCCGCAAAAUGAAAGCUAAAGGAACUCCAAUAACAGAAGAACUGAAGCUUGAAAUUCAACACACAACCUCUACUAAUAAGUUUGCAAGGGUCGCUGAAGAGGGAGAAACUCCAACAGUCAACAUGACUAUAGACAUUGGGCCAACAUGCUCGCCACGGCUCUAUGAAAAUGUAAAACAGUAACUUAGAUUGUGAAAAUUUUGUUUGUUAUUAAGUCACUAGUUGUAAAUAAACGCUCGACUAACGUGCGAGUAUGAAGUUUUUUA